CUUUAACUGAUUAAGGAGUUGGUUUUGUUCUAGAGAUAUGUUUAUGCCAUCAAGUGCAUUAACCCUGGCUAGUGUUCUUCUUUACCCUAAAGCUCUUGGAGGAGGUUCAGUCUUUAGCGGAUGGAUUCCAUUCAAUUCUUCAAUCAUCAAUCAGUUUACCGAAGAUGCUAAAAAGCCACCAAUCGUGUGGUCUCAUGGCAUUGAUGACAAGACUGUACUAUUUGAAGCUGGUCAAGCAGCUCUUCCUUUUCUUCAACAAGCUGGUAUGACUUGUGAAUUAAAGAAAUAAGGAGCUGCAAUAUUUGGAGUUAUGGAUCAAACAACGGAUGCAGAGCUCUUGGUAUUAAAAGGCAACAUUGUACUCAAGGUAACUAUAUCCUAGUGCCUAUCAAGAUUAGAAUAACAUCAGCUCAUCUCUGGUCUAGUUUCUCUAUCAUGAAAACCGGUUUUUUGGUUUAAACGUCUUGUUUGGUUAUGUAAA